UCCCUGCGCUGAACAGCUGGAGACUGGGCUCUGUGUAUUUGCAAAGGGAGAAGGUCUCUAUAGAACGCCACCAAGGGCUGGGAGCGCAACACCUCACUGACAAGCCAUCUGUAAGGGGCAGAAAGACAGAAAACCACCUUCGUUUUUUAAAUUUUAUUUUUAACCAUGAAUAUUAAACUGACGGCAGGCUAUAAAUGAAAUAGUAGAAACGAAUUGAAAGUUUAAAUCAAUGGUACAGGGGGGUAUUAUGUCCAGGACGCCUUCCACCUCAACCCAGGAAAUCCAGAUGGACAUGUUUGACCACCACGGCUCUCAGGGGAAAUAUAUGAAAAGGAAAAGUCGUUUUAAGCGCUCGGAUGGCAGCACUUCCUCAGACACAACCUCCAACAGCUUUGUCCGACAGGGCUCAGCAGACUCCUACACCAGCCGUCCCUCAGACUCUGACGUGUCUCUGGAGGAGGACCCUGAGGCUCUCAGGAAAGAAGCAGAUAGGCAAGCUCUUGCCACCCUGGAGAAAGCCAAGACCAAGCCUGUAGCGUUUGCAGUGAGGACUAAUGUCGGGUAUAAUCCAGGGCCUAAUGAUGACGUCCCGGUUCAAGGCAUGGCCAUCUCUUUCGAAUCCAAAGACUUUCUCCACAUCAAAGAGAAAUACAAUAAUGACUGGUGGAUCGGGCGUUUGGUGAAGGAGGGAUGUGAGGUGGGUUUUAUCCCCAGCCCAGUUAAGCUUGAGAGUACCCGGCAAUUACAAGAACAGAGAAUGAGACAGAACCGCCUCAGUUCCAGUAAGUCUGGUGGAAGCUCCAGUCUGGAUGUUGCCACAGGUGCCCGGAGACCCACCCCACCUGGAACAGCUGACUUGUCCCUGGGGCUUUAUGACGAUGCUUUGGAUUCGGAUGUUGAGGAGAUGGAGACUGCCGACACCCGUGACCAUAAGGGUGUGGGUGGAAGUGUCACCUCCCCUCAAGGCAACCUACCCCGCCUCCCUUUCUUUAAGAAGAUGGAACAUGUUCCCCCGUAUGAUGUGGUACCUUCCAUGAGACCCAUAAUUCUGGUGGGACCUUCACUUAAGGGCUACGAGGUGACAGAUAUGAUGCAGAAGGCUCUUUUUGACUUUUUAAAACACAAAUUUGAGGGCAGAAUAUCCAUCACCCGGGUGACAGCAGACAUCUCACUUGCCAAACGUUCCGUCCUAAACAACCCCAGCAAACACACGAUCAUCGAGCGCUCCAGCACCAGAUCCAGUCUGGCUGAGGUACAGAGCGAAAUAGAAAGAAUCUUUGAGUUGGCUCGAACGCUUCAGUUAGUGGCUCUGGAUGCUGAUACGAUUAACCAUCCAUCUCAACUGGCCAAAACAUCACUGGCACCAAUCAUAGUCUACAUCAAGAUUGCCUCUCCAAAGGUGUUGCAAAGGCUGAUAAAGUCUCGGGGUAAAUCUCAGGCCAAACAUCUCAAUGUCCAAAUGGUGGCAGCUGAUAAACUAGCACAAUGCCCUCCAGAGCUUUUUGACAUAAUAUUAGAUGAGAAUCAGUUGGAGGAUGCAUGUGAGCACCUGGCUGAAUAUCUGGAAGCGUACUGGAAAGCUACACAUCCCCCCAGCAGCAACCCACCCAACCCUUUGCUCAACCGCACUAUGGCCACAGCCGCCCUGGCAGCCUCGCCUGAACCCGUCUCUAACCUGCAGGGGCCAUUCCUGGUGCAUGGGGAACAGAAGAGGGAAGGACCUGAACUUGGGAGUCUCCAAGACUACCAGAGCGACCUGAGUGGAAAGCAGCCACUGCGCUCAUCACGCAGCCAGUUACAAACAAGCGGACGGGGUCUGUCACGACAAGACACGUUCGAUUCUGAGACCCAGGGCAGCCGCGAUUCCGCCUACACCGAUGACAUGGAGACCGACCCAUACGAGGAGCCGGACCCAUGUCGCUACCGUCCAAAUCCUGGCCAGCAUGCUCCUCGCCAGGCCUCAUGGGAGGAUGAAGGGGCGGAGCCUGAUCAGGAGAACCUCAACGUGGUCCCACCACCGACCAAUCAGCAUCAGCGUGGACGAGGCAAGCUGAGAGAGCGCUACUGUCAAGAUGCAGAAGGGGCUGGAGCAACAACCGGCCGUAACCAUAACCAGGAGGAGUGGAGCAGAGAUGUGUAUAUCCGCUAGAGCAGGUUUACCUGACACGGGAGAGAAAAGAGAAGAUCACCAAUGGGACGGGAUGGGGUGGUUGAAGAUUUGAUGCUAUCUAGAAAUGAUUCGGAUCUGUUUACAACCCAGAGAAACACACAAUCAUUGACAAACGCUGUACAGCUAACACUCACAACAUUUGCAUUAUUCAGACAAAGCUUUCAGCCAUUACAAAAAAGUUUUUGAGGAGGAUCAGUAGAAAAACCUUUGUUUUAAAUUCGUCUUCAUUCUGUUUUACUUUUGUAUAGAACUGCAUGACUCCUAAUCAUAAUGAGGUUAGUAACCGUUCUUGCUGAACAUUAAAUAUGAUUCAGAAUGUAUAACCAAAAUCUUGCAAUUGUGUGUGUGUUGGGUUUGUAGGUUGGUUGAGCGUGUGUGUGUGUCCUCUGUAGUCUUAAACAGGGUCUUUCUGAUACACAAGAGUCUUGGGGGUGUCCCAACAGAGCGUGCCGAUAUUUUUGGCAUAUUUUAUUCUAUUUAUUUUAUUUAUUGAGUCCCAAAGGACUGUUUUUAGCCUCCUAAAACCUUUACUUUCUUCAGAGCUCCACCGCUGCUAUGUAUUCUUCCAGUCUAGGAGGGGUGCUGUGGUGCUCACUUUAGUUUAAUAGGGCUAAAUGCUGAUGUGCAUACGUGUACCAAUGCUAAUCCAGAUCUGCUAGUUUUUAAAAAAUGACAAUAAUAUGCAAAUGUAAUUUAACUCCUUUAAAAGAGUGACAAAUAUCGAAACUAAAUAUCAGUCCAAAACGUUUGAGACCACUGCUAAAGUCUAACAGGUUACUGUGAUCUUAGUCUUGUGGAAAAUACCUUUGUGUUGAAUUGUCUUCUGUGCCUGUUCAGGGGCGUUCAGCGUUCUGCCACCAAUGUACCACUGCCAUCAGAAACAUGUUCUGCCUUAUGAGCACGUCAGUCACACAGGUCAACCAAUCACAAGUGCCAGAAUCUUUCAUCAGGCCAUGCCUGCUGUAACCAUGGUGGGCUGUCUUAACUCAGUGCAAAACAUAUAGUUGUCGUUGUUGUGCGUGUGAUUUAGUUUACAUUGCUAGUCACUUUUAGAUGAAGCAAUGUGUUUAUAGCAUGCCAGUUUAAGGAUUCACUUCACAGCAAGAUAUCAGAAGCCAGAUAUAGACACAGUUAUUUAUUCUCACAGUGAUUUACAUCCACACACUCACUGUCAGUACCAAACUGCCAAACACGCUAUUGCUACUGCUUUUUGUGUUGUUAUCUCUGUGGCCAAUUUAUAAGCCAUUUGUGUGUGUGCGUGCGCGUGAAAGAGAAAAUCUGGAGUCUACUAUUUUAUGUAACCAGAGCGUUGGUGAAUGUCUUUGAGCCUCUUUUUACCCUCAGCUAUGAUUUAAAAUAUAAUGACACAAUUCGCUAAAUACAAGUAGAUAGCUUAUUAAAUAAUGUUAUUGUUGCAUUAUCGCAAUUGUUUCAAAAAAUAAAGAAAAACGUAUUCUUUGGUGCCUGAUUGUAGCUCCACUUUACUUUUUUUUUUAAUUUGUGGAUAAAUUCAUAUUUUGAUUAAAGAUUUUGAUCUGGAUCAACUGUGGUUGUGUUGUUGCUAUUGUCAUUGUGCUGUUGCUAUUGUUGUAGGUUGCAGAUUGUAGACAGAUAGAGAAAGAGAUACACGAAUGUCUUGUGGGAAACAUGAGAUGAAGAGAUGCUGGAGUGGUGAAAUUGAGUGUAAAGUGUGUGAAGUGAUGGGGGAAGAAGGAGUGAGAAUGCUAUCUGGUGGUGGGGGGUCAGGCAGAAAACAAAAAGAAAGGGGCAAGGAAACAAUGCAGGAAACAGACAAUGGGGUGUGAGAGAGAAAUGAAAAGAUGUUUAUCACCUCUCAUUUAUGGGGGCAAUCCUGGUUUACAGUCAAACCCCAGAAUCGACACGAGUUUGUGUCUGUGAAAUAUACAUUACAGUAACAUUAAUAUUAACAUUUGGCUACAUUACAGUAACCAAAUAUUAAAAUAAAACGUGUCACAUAACACUAUAUUUAAUAAGUAUACUGCAAAUUUUCAUAACUAUGUCUGGAAAUAAUUGUACAUAAAUCAUAAGUGUUGCCUCACUUUUUCUUGAGUAACACACAUAAGAAAACAAACAUCUGUUGAAUCAGUAACACUUUUUUAACAGGUGUGACAUGAGGAAUACAUAAAUGAAGACCACAGAAAAUAAACCUUCACAGAUGUGUGAAUAACAUUAAACCACACUCAUGUAUGUGCACAUCCGCCCUGCACAUUGCACGUUUCUGCUCUUCCUGUAGCAGCUUCUCUGACAUUCAGGUCAUUCUUGACAUUUAACUUGUGACAAAACUGCUAAUGUUGAGAAAUGUAACAUUUAAACAUAAAACAGUGCUUAGGUGUGGGUGUUGUGUGAAACCUGAUUCAGCUCAGGACUUAAGCAUGACAUAGACAGAAAAAAACUUACCGGAAAUUCAUCAUGGUCUGAUCAUAUCAUUCAAAAGGAACAAUAACAGUGAAGUGAACACAAUACAUUACAUUCCGAGUAUUCAAAUGAUGUGUUUCCAUUAAUGACUUGUUUCGGUGGCGAUUAUUUUUUAUUUUUUGUGCUUUUUUAUUAAACCAUAUCAUUAAGUGUUAUUUAGUGUUAAAAUGAGAUUAUUGGAAAAAUGUGUACUAC